AUGGAGGCGGGAAGCCCGACGCGUCCCUCCGACUCGAGGGGCUGCUUCGGUUUCGCGCAAGAUGCCUCUUUUCGCUCCGCGUCCGACCUGCUCCCUGCGGCGUCUCUGCCGCGUCUGCCGCUCGCCGAUUUCCUCCCAGGCGACGAGCAGGUCUCCUGGCGCGCGGUCUCUGCGUGCGCGCAGGAAGACUUCCAACCCGAGGAAGAAAGGAGACGCCAAAAGAACGCCCUCCUCGACGCGUCGAUCGCCUCGAUGAGCGCUCUGCUGCAGUUCCGGUUUCGCGUCUUUUGGAGUUUCCUCUGCCACUCGGCGUCGCUCCGCAGCUCCCUUCUCUCUUUUCUCGCCCACGCCGCGAGGCCUCAGGACUUCCCUGCGGAGUUCUGCGACGCCUUGGUUUGCCCGUCUCGCGCCGCCGACUGCGCCGGCGAAGGAGGCCCGCGCUCGCAGGCGGAGACGGAAGAGGAGGACGCGGCCGCUGUCGCCGAAGAGGACAGGAAACUCCGCGUGCUGCGACGGCUGACACUUCUGGUGUGGCAUCGGGCCUCGCGGCGUCAGUGCCCGCGCUCGGGCGCCUCGCUCUCGCCUUCUCUCUUUUCAGAGAUUCUUCUGCGGCCUGCUUCGCCGCAGCCUGAGGAGCCGGUCGCGUGCCGGCGGCGGAGCGGCCUGCAGGACGACGAGGGACGCGCGCCGCUUGUCUCCGUGGAGGGUUUGAUGGCGUUCGCGGUGGCUUUCGAGCGCACAGACGCGGCCCUGACGGCAGAGACAGUUCGCGGCUUUUGGAGCGAGUGCGGCGAGCAAUGGGGGCACGGAGGCGAAGUCGCGCGGCUGAGAGCCGCGGCGAUGCAUGCGCUCGCGAAGACCCGCGAGGCGCUCGCGGCCUGCGCGGCCUCUGAGGACGCGCCUGUGAUGAUCAUCUCGGCAGAGGACGCGGCGGCGGGCGCCUGCUCCUCGCCUGCGGUGCUGCGCGCCUGGACGGCGCAGGCCGUCGGCGCGCUGUGGAGGCUCGUGGACGCGCUGGCGACGCUGCGGGCUUUCUCGCGCUUUUUCCCAGACGCCGCCGUCGCGGCUGUCUGGAAAGCGAACCCUUCUGACUUCCGGGCCCAGGUGGGCGGAAGGCGCGAGACAGGCGGCGGCAACGCAGUUUUGAGGGCGAUGCGGUGCGAGGACGAGCCGGACUCGAGUGCCCUCCUGAACGAGUUGGAGUCUCUUUACAGGGUGCUGAUGCUCCCUCCGUGGCUUCCUCUCUGGGAGGCGCCGUGGUCGCCGCCAGCGCUUCGCCUCGCGCUUGGGCGCGCACGGUCGCUGCUUUGCGCGUGUCUGCUCGGUGGGGUGGCGGCGCUGAACGGAUUUUCGCACCUCCUCGCGGCGCGGCGCGGGCGAGACGCGCGCGCCCGCGUAGACACUCGAGGAGGCGACCGGCGCGCCGGAAGGCGCGGGCGCGGCAGCAGUGCGACGGAGGAAGGUGAAAAAGAAGGAGGAGGAGAAUGGUGGUGUUCGGGCCGCGACCGAGCGCGCGGCCGUCCGCGCGCACCCGCUGGAGCCAGCCGCACGCCUGCGGAGGUGGACUGGCUCCCUGAGGCGUUUGAGGGCUUCACUCACUGGGCGCUCGCGUUCCACGAGCUGUGCGACUCGGGCAGCCCCUUCUGGGCGGCACGCGACAUGCGACGCGCGGGCUUGCUGCGCCUACUCGCUGCGUGGCGCGAGGCCGCUCCUCACCUCGAUGAGGAACGCAUUCGGCACAUUGAAGAGGCGCUUUGUCCGCGCAGCGAAAGACACAAAGAGCCUCAGCCGUCGGUCGCCGGCGCGUCCGCGCACUCUGCCGCGCGCGAGAGCGAAGAGAGGCGCGACUCAGAAGCCGGUGUCCGCGGCGAGAAGGCCGUGGAGAGGCAAUUGUGUCCGGAGGACGCAGAGAAAGUCGACUUGAUCCGCGGCGUCCUCUCCGAGGAAGGGCUGGGCGCGGGGUUCGUGUAUCUCGCGCUGCUCUACUGCCGCGGCGACGCCGAGCAAACUCUGAAUCUGCUCGUCGACGGCAGCGCGCCGCCGCUGCUGCAGCACGUGGACCGCGCGCUCAGCCUCCGCAAGGCUGCCGCCUUCCUCGCCGAGAGGGAGGCGAAGAGGAGCCAGGGCGCGGCGGCGCGCGCGGAGUCUCUCGAGAGAGACGUCCAGCUGAACGCGCAGAUUCUCUCCAUCGUAGACGCCCGCGCGCGGGAGAAGGAGGCGCAUGCGCGGGCCGCGCUGAUGCAUAGACAGCUGCAGGCGGAGGAGGGUGUGGAAAUCGCGACCCUCGACAGCGACGAAGACCUGGGCAGCGAGCUCUCCGCCGCCAGCUUCCUCUCCUUCUCGCGGAACCGGUCGCUGGCUGACUCAGGAGAAGACGAGAGCGACGAGGAGGAGCCGGACGCUGCGGACGCGCCGGGCGUGGCCUCGCGCGAGGCACAUUCCAAGCCGCGGCCUGAGGGCAAAGCUGCCGAAGGAAACAGAGGUCGACCGUCGCGCAGAGGAGGCUUCGGCCGCGGGGGCCCGGUGAAGGGUCAGACGCUCCAGGCGCGAAGAAAGGAGGAGAACAAGGCGCGACACGGCAACCACUCGCGAAAGAGCGGGCAUCUUGCAAAAAUGAGGCGAGGCAUGAUAUUUUGA